GAAGGUUCACGCAGCGCUAGGUCGAUUCGAAAAGCCUGCAGUUUUGACCUUGGCUUGAGCGCACGCCGUUGCCAUGGACAUCUGUGUACAUCCACGUCCUGACACCGUCGCCUUGUGCAUGCGCUGACAACCUAUGUAGCUCUGCCAAGAUUGCAGCAUUGGUCAAGCAAGGCUGCACCACUCUCGAGCAGCUACGUAACAAUCCCACAUACUUCAACAUGCUCGGGAAUCAGCAGAAAAAGGGUCUGAUUUGGAUGGACCAUUUGAGUCAGCCCGUAACGCGGGCUCAAGUCGAGACUAUUGUCGUAAGUGCUCCUUAUAUGGACUCCCACUUGUGUCGAUGAUAACUCUCGCAGGACUUCCUUCGGGAUUCUAUGUUAGCACCAUGGGAGGUAGUACCGGUUGGUGACUAGUGAGUGUAGAGAUCCUUGAUUCCCAUGCCGCUUCAUGGACACCUCGUUGUAGCCGUCGUGGUGCCCAAAAAAUGCGCGAGGCGUCAAUUUUGCUUGUUCAUCCCUCACAAGUUCGCGUUCCCAUCCCAGAACUGCCCAUAAAACGCCGGCUUCCGAGUGGGGCAGUGGCACAAAUAGCAGGCAUAUCCUGGAAGGCCUACAGAAUGGCUGACACCAAAUUGCUCGAGGACCAGGUCGUUGGGCCUUUAGGGAUGCGUGGACUUCUCGCUGACCAGUUCAAAUCGGGAGCAUUAGAUUGGAAUGGUGCUUCUCUUGUGCCUACAAAGGAUGCUCACGGCAGUUGGGGAACACGCGCAACGAGGCUGCAGGCUAUCGCGAACCGCCAUGGCGUAUUCAGGUGGCUCCGCAUCCAGUGAGU